AUGAAGAGAAGGCCUAGGAAAGGAAGUGCUGGAUUGCCGCGAAUUAUUCGUAUAAGAGGAAAUCAUUAUUUUGGAUCAACUACAUGUGAUAGUUCGUACAAUGACUCUAACGCCAUAUUCACGGCGCGUUAUACGGUCUUGAAUUUUGUGCCUAAGAAUCUAUACGAACAACUAACAACGAUAACCAAUGCAUAUUUUCUAUUCGUAAUGAUACUCCAAUGUAUUCGUCCCAUUUCUGUAACCGAAGGUGUUCCGACGAUUGCCGUGCCACUGGGGUUUGUUUUGGCGGUUAAUGCUGUGAAGGACGCGAUUGAGGAUCUUAAGAGGCAUCAGUCAGAUCAUAUGGAGAACAAGCAGCUGUCGACGAUAAUCAAGACAAGACUGGCGGACGAUUCAAAACUUCCAAAACGAAAGCGAGGAUCUGGUCGGGCAGCUGCGGGGGAUACUACCAUGGGUGAGCGGUGGAUGGGUGAGAGCACAAUGGGGGAGCGGACAGCGGAAAAUAUGUCGGGAUUCCGUCAGUUGGAGCUCGUAUUGAGAGAGAGCGCGCCGCAGGAGCAAAAGGUCUGUGGAGAGGAAAAGAACACAAGACGUAAGAACCAAGGUUUGCUAUGGUCUCACGCAAUGAAUGAACCUCCUCUGGACACGACCCUGUGGCGAGGAAGCCUGAAUGGUGGGACCGGGCUUAAUACCGGAAGCGCUGGGACAGUUCCGGAAGGAGUGGACAUGGCGGAGGCUUUUCCGUAUGUAGCUGGGCCAUUGGCAGGUACUGGACCUUUGACUGGCGCCCAUGCCGGGAUCCUACAUCCGGGAUCGGGAUUCAGAGAUGCGAGUACACCGCCUUCAGCGCUGCCCACGACGCCACUUACUACUUCCAAUCAUGUUACGACGUCCAACCAGGCCGUGCUACAAGACUGGAAAGGCAAGCUGUAUUCGGUCCAAUGGAGGAACAUCCAAGUCGGUGACCUGGUGGUGGUCUUCCAGGGUGAUGUUUCGCCUGUAGAUGGACUCAUAGUCGCAAGCAGCGACAAACGAGAGACGGUCUUCAUCGAAACUUCCAGCUUAGACGGAGAGACCACCCUGAAGAUCAAAAAACCAGUGCUGGUCCUGAAUCGACUUGUGCAGGCAGAUGGGCGGCGGGCUACCGCAGGCUACGACCUUCUUUCUGCCGGGCAUGGGUCAGGAGCGGGCUACGCAUCUGAAACAGGAAGCUUGGCACAAGAAAGUUUGGCACAAGAAAGUUUGGCGCAAGGAAGCUUGGCGCAAGGAAGCUUGGCACAAGGAAGCGUGUUGCGUGGGGGGGCGGAGGAGAACAUCGAAGGGGUGUUCCUGAGAUGUGCGUCAUUGUCGUUGUCGGUUGAAGUCGGUGCUCCCUCUCCGGCGUUGAACGAGUUUAGUGCUACAUGUCAUCUGGGUCGUGGCAUAUUUGAUCUGGCCAGAUGGGAGAGUGUUUGUGGUCGAACGGAUGUGCACACGGUGAUGGCAUCUCCUGAGAACUUAUUGUUGAGAGGCUGUCGUGUGUGCCACACGAAUUGGGUAGUUAUAUUAGUUGCGUACGUGGGUUCGGAGACGAAGAUACGGUUGAACUCAGUAGCAACAAAAAAGAAGACAUCUAAGCUAGAGAAGAAAACACACAGACUAGUAUUGCUCAUGUUCGGUGCAAUGGUUACCCUUUGCGUCAUUGCUAGCGGACUCACUGUGUGGAUGAAGAACUCCCCGACAUAUGCUCCCUAUCGCUACACUGGUUUCCAAAUCAAUAGUCGCCCAGGACAUGAGAGGAAGAGGGAGAUCGUACUGUCAUACAUUAUCUCAUUCUUCACAUGGAUGCUCCUUCUAACGAAUUUGGUACCGAUUUCAUUAGUCGUAUCGAUGGGUCUGAUUAAGGCUUUUCAGGCCUGGCAUAUGACUAAGGACAUUAAUAUGACCAGCGAAGAUCCUCAUGGCAGCUGCGUGGUUCGAACCAGCGACCUUAACGAGGAACUGGGACAAGUGCAGUAUGUCAUGACGGAUAAAACAGGCACCUUAACCGCAAAUAACAUGGAAUUCAGAAAGUGCGCCAUAAACCAAACUGUUUACGGCGAGGGACUCACUGAGAUGCGAAAGAGAAUACUGCAACAAAAGGGCUUGCUGCCCACAAGAGCUUCUGCUUGCCCGCCGACCGAUAUGAGUGCUACUGGUAUGAGCGGGCCUGGCGUUCUUGGAAUGACUCGAACAGUUGGCACUCACACUGGCGGCGGUGGAGCAAUGAAACCCGUGGGAACGGCAUGCGGGAUGUUGCCUCCGUCAGCUGGCAUGCCGGCGGAUCCUCUCAUGGCGAGGACUCACAGCCCGAAUGGCAUGUCUUUGAACCCUAACACCACGUUGUUAAAAGCACUCGAUUUAAACCCGUUCAAUUUAAAUCCCGUCAACUCAAUCCAGUCCACCGCGAAUGGUUACUUGCCCACUGGAACUUACAUUCCGGGGGAGUUUCGGGAUCCUGCAAACGUGGCCCAUUGCAACUGCUUCAGUCCAGCGCUGGAAGGACUGCUAACUCGGACUGCAAAAGGCUUGUCCCCGGAGAUGAGGGAGUCAAGACGUGAAGCGGUCAUGUUUUUUCUCAACCUCGCUGUGAACCACAGCGCACUUGUCGACGAGAAUGACAGCUCUGUCUACAUCGCUUCCUCUCCAGACGAGGAGGCGCUGAUCUACGGGGCCUCCCGGUUCGGAAUCAGCUUCGAUGGACGGAUGGCCGACGGCUUGCAUGUGUCCUUCAACAAUCGCAAGCACAAAGUCUACAUUGAACACUUUUACCCCUUCGACUCUGUGCGCAGGAGAAGCACCAUCAUCGUUACCCUGGACUUCGAAGUCUUCCUGGAAGGCAAAAGGAGGCUGCCCCGGACGAGCCGGGCCUCCAGUCGGUCCCCAGAAAACCUCGACAAGUCCUCUUUUCAGUCAACGUCACAGAAGGCAGCGCAAGGGCUGGAAGCCGCAGAGGAGACAACGCGCAAUGUAGCGCACGGUGUAGCACCCGGUGCAAGACAUGGCCAAGUUAAUGCUAGCGUCGGAACAGAAUCUUUGUACUGUUCCAUACCAUGUAACGUUCCUGACCGGACUGGCGGCGCCCCCUUGAGUGGGCCCAACGUCAGUGUGGAGGCUGGCGCGGCAAAUAGCAGUGUCCGUGUUGACCUUGAUGGCGAGCUCAAUAGCAUUCUCUGUGAGCCUGACAACGCUCCGGAUGAGCCUGACAACGCUCCGGAUGAGCCUGACAACGCUCCGGAUGGUGUUAAAGAGUUACCGUAUGGUGUAACGAUUUCAUCUGACCCAGCCUGUUUGAGUAACCCGCCUUUGGAAGCUAGUUCGGUGGAUGACGGAAGCCGGGUGCAGGAUGGAAGCAGUCGUGGGGAUGAGAGUGAUGGGCGGCAGGAAGCUCCCGGGGAUGGUCGUUCGGAGCGUGCUGGUCGUCACCGCGGUAGUAAUGGCCGUUCGGAACGUGGUAGCAGCAAGAGCCCGACCCCUUGGAAAUGGGAAGGUCGAGGUCGUCGCAGGUAUGUAUUUGUAAAGGGUGCCGAUUCUAGUGUGUUCCCCUUGUGCAGGAAGGUGGCGACGGAGGUCGAAAAUGUAUUGUCGGAAUUCGCCGAAGACUGUUUGCGAACUUUGGUGCUGGCUUACAAGGAGAUAAAUGAAGACACCUACCAGCAAUGGAAACGUGGGUUGUUAGCGGCACAAAAAACGAACGAUGAUGCGGCUGUGUUGAAUACAUCAUUAUAUCUUGAGCAGGACCUGGAGUACCAGGGAAUCACAGGAAUUGAGGACCUUCUGGCAGAUGAGGUUCCGGAAACCGUGGAAAGUCUAUUGAAGGCAGGCAUCAAGAUUUGGAUGCUAACUGGCGACAAGUUCGAAACAGCCUUUAACAUAGGAUUGGGUACGAAUUUGAUUCGACAGAAUAGUAAGCAUUUAGUUCUGACUGAGCAAAGGCUGAUGGGUAGAACGAAUGAAGAGAUCUAUCAGGCAUUCAAUAUGCUUCAACAAAUACUCCGAAGCAGAGACGAACCGAACAGCGAUAUGGUCCGUAGUGGCGAACUCGAUCCGUCCAUGGCCAAGUGCCGCGUCACGUGUGACAUGGGUCAUAAGUCUAGGAGAACAUCUGAGAAACGGCUCCCUGAACGCAGGCUGAGUGACAGCAAUAACCUGCCGGGCAGCUCACCUUCGAGUGAUCAAGCCAGAGUGGACCAGACAAAGGUUGACCAGACAAAGGUUCGGCGUCAUCUCUCUGAUGAACCUUUGCGCGAGCGACACGGACAUACCAGCCAUGUCGAGAGCCGUCAGCUUUCCAAACCUCGACAUGGCUUUCAAAAUACCUCGGCACUUGCUUCGCGACAGACCCUUGGAGAUGUCUGUUCUGAAGUUUACUUCACAGACCACACCUCCUUAGGGAAUAGAUCCAGAGAAACCGCAGGAAACAUCUCUGGGGAAACAUCGAUACAGCAUCAAGUCUGCAACCGACGGACAUCGAUCAGAGAGGUUAGUCGGUCUAUGUCGGACCUGCAAAGUCCUAGACAUGAAAGGUAUCAAGAAAAUUCUAAGGCGGAAAAAGAACUAGAUGAUUUGCGCGAAGCAGAGUUGCGGGAAACAAACGGUUUACAGGUGAGAGUAGAGAUAGCGGAGGAUCGUGGACGUGUACCUCGCAGGUGGGUGGAUGGCCUGAUGAGCGAUGAAGACGGUACAGUCAGAGAAGAUGAGAUCGGAGGCAAAUCGUUCAGCCAAGAAGAGUUGGCCUCUAAGCUCACGGGAAAUCCGGUGCAUCAUGCUGACUUGUUUGUUAACCCGAGCGACGAGUCUGCGACUACCAGUCAACAUCAAACCAUAAUUUGGGACGGCGUUAUCCUUCGGCGAUGUUUUGAAGACGCUAGACUUCGACCAUUUAUUUACUCCUUAUCUUCGCUAUGCCAUUCUGCCAUCUUCUGCAGGACAUCCCCUCAAGAUAAAGGCGACGUGGUAAGACUCUGCCGGGAGUUUGAACCCAAGGCCACUUGCUUGGCUGUAGGAGACGGCGCCAACGACUGCAACAUGCUUAUGGCUGCAAACGUAGGUGUCGGAAUUAAGGGGCGCGAGGGAAUGCAAGCCUUUAAUUCGUCGGAUUAUGGAAUGACAGAGUUUAAACAUUUGAAGACCUUACUGCUGGUUCAUGGGCGGUGGAACUAUCGUCGUUUAACGAAAAUGGUGCUGCACACAUUUUACAAGAACUUUGUUUUUUGUAUGCCUACCUACUACUAUGCUGCCUUCUCGUUGUUCAGUGGCCAGAAGACGUUUCCUGAGUCUACGUAUCAGCUGUUCAAUGUGGCGCUGACGCAGUUGCCCGUAAUUUGUUACGGGAUCUGGGACCAGGACGUAUCUCGAGAACUGAGCAUGACAUUCCCUCAGCUGUACAAGACCGGGAUUGAAGAUGCGUUCAUGCGAUGGCGGUCGAUCUUGGCUUGGUUCUUGACGGGGAUAUGGCAUAGUGUUUGUGUCUUCUUUAUUCCGGUUAUUUCAUUUAGCGGUCUAAAUAUCACAGACAUCACGACUUACAUGCCGAAUGAUUUCUUUACUGUAUCGACAGUGAUGUUCCUGCAAGUGAUGCUGGUAGUGAAUGGCAAGCUGUUGCUGGAGACGAUGUGUCCGAACUACCUGACAUUUGUAAGCAUUGGAGUGUCCUUUCUGUUUCUAGCGCUACAGCUUUACUGCCUAUCUAUGUGGCCUGAAUAUGCACCGGCAUCGCUAGGUCUUGUUGAGAAGUUGUUACGAACGCCAAUGGCGUACCUGGUUUCUUUUGUGUGUUUAGUCGUAGCACUUUCGGUUGACAUUGUGAUUGCUGUGUUCGAUCGAACAUUUAAACCGGAGCUGCAUCAUUUAAUGCAGUUCUUGAUGAGGUUCGAGCAGGAACAAAGGUCAGCAAGGAAGGUCCUGAUAGUCGAAGCCGUAAAACAGGGCGGACCACAAUUACUUAAAGUAAUGGGAUAUGACCAUGACGCUACCAUGUUCGGUGAAAUACAGGAUACUGCCCCAGCUCUCUCGCCGUACUCUCACAAAAACUCCGCGGGCCACGUACGAGGAACGCCCUCCGGCAACGACCCCGCUCACGGAACCGCUCCCGCACCCGGCCCGAUCAAAACGGGGUACGAAAGCUCCAUUCGAUCUCGAAAACGACAACAUAUACCAGACGCUGUAGACCUCCAACAAGACGAAGAGAUUUCGGUCGCUCUUCAAUUACACGAGAAAGAAAAAGCCAAAGGCAACACCACCGCUGUCCUCCUUGAAGUACUGCAACUCAAACCGCUUAUGGAACAGAUUGUUGGCGGCUUCGCUUUCUCAAACUCCGACGCAGCCGUUCAACCACUAGCGUUCGGCCACAGUGACAACGACGAGUCCCCUAUCUCCUCCGAAGAGUCCGAAUAUGACUACGAAACCUCACAAGCUAUUUCUCCCGCCAGCUUAGACUCCUCGGCCAGAUACCAUGAGGUGGAGCCGCACAGAGUUGAAGAACCGUUCGACCUUGCGCCAUCGUCCCGCAACUCGCAAUCCGACGAUCCGCCUCCCGAACGGGCAACGCCGUCCCACGAAAAAAUACAGUACCCACAUCGACUCUCGAGCAACAGAACGGGCGAUCCCGGUGAGAAGGGAGACUAG